AUGACAAUUGUCGCAGUGGCCGUCCCUAGCCUCUCCACUCAAUUCAAACAACUCAACGACAUUGGAUGGUACUCAGCAUCCUACCAGCUAGUCGGCUGCUGUUUCAUCUUCUUUUUCGCGCGUUUGUACACAGUAUUCUCAAUGAAAACUAUCUUCCUGGUCUCCAUGUCCCUAUUUGAGCUCGGCUCGCUCCUCUGCACCAUCGCCCCGACCAGUGCGACGUUCAUCAUCGGCCGCGCUGUUGCAGGCCUAGGCAGCAGCGGUAUCCAGACAGGCGGCAUUGUGCUGCUGACCAGUUGUUUACCCGUGCAUAAGCGGCCCUUCUGGACCGGUGUCAUAGGCGCAGGCGCAAACGUAGCCCUGUUGAUCGCUCCCCUGAUUGGCGGCGUGCUAAUCGACGCUUUCUCCUGGCGGGCCUGUUUCGGAAUCAAUCUGCCCAUCGGGGCCGUCACAAUCGGGCUCAUCGCAUACGGGUUUCAAAUGCCCGCGAAUCCCCCACACGCAGCCGAAUUGACUGUGUUGGAAAAGUGCAAGCGGCUCGAUAUCCCAGGGACUCUUGUGUUUGUGCCUGCCAUCGUCUGCCUUUUAAUCGGGUUGCAAUGGGGCGGUGUUAAAUACAGUUGGGGCAAUGCGCGGGUAAUUGCGCUCUUGGUGCUCUUUGUCGUCCUCAUUGGCGUAUUUGCGUACAUGCAGUAUCGCCAGAAGGAAGAAGCUACUCUUCCCCCGCGCAUUAUGACGCAGCGCAGUAUCUUGGCUGGGGCUUGGUUCAAUGCUUGUACCAAUGGCAUUCUCGCUGUUACUGAAUACUACAUGUCGAUAUAUUUUCAGGGAGUAUGUGGAUUUAGUGCGACGAAAUCUGGUGCUAUGGGCUUGUCGCUAUUUGCGGGCAUGGCUCUGACGGGUCUCACGGCCGGGGCCGGGACUGCACGGAUAGGGUAUUAUUACCCUUUUAUGAUCAUUAGCUCAGUUCUUACGCCCAUUGCCUCCGGAUUACUCACCACGAUCGAAUAUAAUGGCACCCUGAUUAAAACCAUCUUUCUCCUGGCCUUUCUCGGGGCCAGCGUGGGCCUUGGUCUUCAAGCGCCAGUGUUCGCCGUACAGACGGUUCUCCCAGACAAGGACAUCGCUUUAGGAGUCGCAGUCACCGCGUUCACCGGGUUUCUCGCAUCGUCGCUUUUUGUCUCGGUCUCUGCAGUCCUGUUUCAGAGCCGAUUGGCCAUUGAAGUGGAACAGUAUGCGCCGGGAACUAAUCAGAGCAUCUUCGAUCAGGGAGGUUUGGCGGAUGUGAGAGAGCAGAUUGGGCCUGCUAGGCUCGGUGCUGUGCUUUCUGGGUAUGAUCAGGCGGUUAUUCAGACGCUUUAUAUCCCUGUUGCGUUGGCUUCUUUGUCAAUUUUGGCGAGUGUUGCAAUGGAGAGAAAGAGUGUUAAAAAAACUCAGUGA